GUCCAUCGCUCCAACAAGCCCAUCAUCUGCAAGGGCUGCAGGAGGACCUUCACCACCAGCCUGUCGCAGGGGCUGCGGCGCUUCGGGCUCUGUGACAGCUGCACCUGCGUCACCACCACCCACGAGGACUCGCUGCCCAUCAAUCUGAGCCUGGUGGAAACGGCCUCAGAAGGGCAGGAGAAAGGAGAUGCUGACAACGAUUGGCCCAUCUAUGUGGAGUCUGGGGAGGAGAACGACCCAGCUGAGGAUGAUGAUGGCGAUGACAAGCAGGAAAUGCGGCGCGGUUUGUCAGACAGAGAGACUUUGAUGUAGCAGUGAGAGCAGAGGGGGAGCACUCGGAGGGUCCCCUGGCAGUGUCUGUGACAGAAAACUCAAUCAGUGACACUGUGCUGGUUUUUAUUAUUCUGGGGUUUUAAUUCAAUUGUGAGGAGAACUGGAUUUUUUUGGAUAUUUUUAAAGUUUUCAGUGCUGUGCACCAGAAAUCUGUGAAGAAUCUUCAGUCUGGGGCUCGCAGAGGUUGGACUUGAGCAGUUUCUCUGCCUGCUGGUUUGGGGUUUGCAGGUGGAACACCUCUGGGUUGUUUUGGGGACAGGUUCAUUGAAUUAUUUCAAAUUAUUCAUUGAAUUAUUUCAAAUAAUGAGUCCUGGUCCUUAAUCCCUGAUCUGAAAGGGACGCCACCUUUCCUCUGAAGAUGACAUAAAAUGUGGUUUACAUCUCUUCCCUUGGGACUUUUCCAAGCUAAUCUGUGAUUCUUCUGUCUUAGGACAGUGUUAUCUAAAUGGUGAACCAUAAAUGUUUGCUGAGACUGGGUUUGACCUGGAAACCAGGGCAGAAAAACCAGGAUAACAACAAAAAACCCCACAAAAAGAUGCUGCUGCUGAAAGGAUAGACAGGAAGAAUCCAUCUCUUUCACAUAUUGCAAUAAUUUAUAGGUCAAGCUUUUCUUUCUGAAUUUUUACUGCAUCUUCCUCUCCUGAGAGCUCAGGCUGUGGAUCUUCAGCUGUGUCUUUAAUGUCACUCAGAAUUCAGCAGUCUUGGCUUAAAUAUUAAACACAAAAAUGGUGUUUUAGUGGCCAGGACCAAGAGAAAACCCCAAAUUCUUUUCAGCUUUUUACAAUAGGAGUUAAAAGCUGUCAGGCAGAUUCCUUGGGAAUUCUGACUGUGGCAGAUUGAACAACCAGAGCCACACCUGGUGUAGCUGAGGAGCAGUGAAAUAUCUGAGCUUUGCUAUAAAAAAGCUCUGAAUGCCCUUUUGGAAUCAUUUUCUUCCUCUUUUCCUGUAAUUUCUUUUCCAAUUCAGGGAUCCUCUCGUGAUUUAUGUUUGGUGAUUUAAUCCAAUAUUUAUUUUCUUUAAAAAAAAACUCCACUGUGGACCUCCUGAUUCUUCGCUGGGGCAGCUAAAACUUUACAAAGGAGGUGAGAUUUUUGUCACUUUUCCAGCAGCAAGUUUUUAAGAGCUAUCAAAACUCAGGCUGGGGAGCUCUGGAAGAAAACCCAGCACCAGCAGAAAGCCUGUUUGCUUAGGGGUGACCUCCUGUUCCCUGACAAGGGGAACAAAAACUGAAAUAUACUGUGAAAUAAGACUGUUAAUGCUCCUUCACUCUGCUGUUCCCAAGUGUUUCACGAAAAGGCAAAUUUGAUGAUUCUUUUGGGCUGGAGCAGAAUUUUUUUUUAGCCAGAUUUGGCUGACAAAGAGUGAGCAGUUUCCUCCCACUUGGUGCUGUUUCCUGAGGGGUUUUUGGUGUAAAGGUUUUCCCACUUGGCAAACCUAAAAAAACCCCAGAGCCUUCUGAUUUCACCAGGGUUUGUUGUGCAUACCUCGUGCUUUUCUUGUGCACACGGAAAAAAGAACAAUUCAGCUUCACCCAGCAGUGGAACUGCCCCAUUGUCGUGUCAGAUUUAUUUGUGAGAGGUGAUCCUGCUCUCAUAAACGCAGCCAAGGGUUCAUUGCCACACCAGGUAGGAUGAGGAAAGAAGAAAUAAAGUUGUUUUUUAAAGAAUUCACUUUAUUGGUGGCUGCUGCAAAGAGCAGAAGGUGAAGAGACUUCUUCUGGUCUGAUCCGAGUUAAUCUUGAUGAUUGUCACCACAUAAUGUGCUGGGAUUAUUUUCUGUCCCUUAAUUUGGGUGAUUUUCAGUCAUCUCUGCUCCAGAUCAGCUGGAAAUUUGAGUUUGUAUGAGCUGGAGCACAGGACAAGACAUUUACAGAAUUCUCUAGAGCCCCUGGUUUAAUCAAUCUGAAUUAAGGGACAG